AUGGGUCCGCCACCUGCCUCAGCUGCGACACCUUCGGACCCGGGCUCAUCCCUAUCGUCGCUGGACGGGCAUGCGACAUCAACCUCGACGCCUACGCUGCCCCGUCUGAUGAGGGGCUUGACCGAUUCCUCGCCACGACGAGAGCGCACGACGAUCGCAUCCACUUCGACUUCGACCUCUUCCAACUGGGUUGAAGCAAUCACCUCCGCGGCCAGUGGUAAAGACACGAAUAAUCGUCGCAAGUUGAGGAGGGUCAAAUCGUCGUUUCUGACCACCACGCCCACAACAACGACGACGGCGACGACGACGACGACGACGACGACGACGACCGCGCUGGGCGAUAUUAUUCCCUCCAUACAUGUGGACCAGGGACCUAGACCAGAGGAGGAGGAUGGGUAUCAGGAAGGUGAUUCGGAUUCGUCGGGGUUCGCCAAUAUCUUAUCCCGCGUCAAGGGAGUGUCGACCCAGCAAAGGACCAAGCGCGAACCCGAUGGCCUUACCCCACAUGCUACCCCUUCGAGGCAUCGUAGGAUCGUCUCCGCGCCCGUGCACCGGACUGGAGCUCACAGGGCUGACGACACCGACGACGACGAAGAAGGGCAGAACGCGCACGACGAUUCGGAUACGGGAGGGUGGGGCGUACCGACCCAGCAGACCAUACAGGCCGCGAGACUGGCCGCAGAGAAUUCGAGGAGGUCCGAGGAGGAACAGAGACUGGCCGUCGCCGAUGACGAUGACGACGGCGACAGUCAACAGGAUGGGAAUCGUUCCGAUAUCGAGGAUGAGGAUCGUCACUCGAAAAAUUCGGUAUUCAGUGAGGACGACGACGACGAUGAAGAGGGACAGCUCGUCACGCGCGCUCAGGGGCACACCGACCCAAGGGAGAUGCUCAGGGCUCAGUUGAGGAGGAACGAGACUGGGCCGAGUACGACCGUCCGUAGGAAUAGGAGCGAACGCACCGAGAGUGACAAGGGUAAGCGUAAGAUCUAUGAUCGACGCCGUGCAUAAGAGUUCGGGCAAGACGCUGACGAUAAGACUAUCCAGCUUCGACCGAGCAAGAGGCGAUCGAGCUGACGCCAAGAAGAUACUUCAUCCUCUCUUCGGCGGGCAAGCUCAUCUUCACCACGUCCGUACGGGGUCAUUGUUAGAGAAAUAAAUAAGUGUGCUUAUUGUGUUCCAUCGUGCAGUGACCUCGAUGACGAAGAGGCGACGGGCUACGUCGGCGUCAUGCAAGCCAUCAUCUCCAUAUUUGCGGACGAGGGCGACAAGCUAAGGUGAGUGAAGCAUUGGGCUCUGCUCGCGGAGGCCGUGUCUGAUGGUGGUCGACUCGUCUCGGGCAGAUAUGUUGACGCAGGUAAAAUGAAAAUUGCCUUUGUUCUCAAGGCACCCCUGUACCUCGUGUGUAUUUCCGAUUGGGGCGAGCCUGAAUUCGUCGUACGUACCCGGUGAGAUCCCACCCCUUCGCCUUCACUGACGGCAGACACCCAAUCUCUUCUCAGCUCCGCACCCACCUCGACUACCUCUACCUUCAAGUACUCAGUAUCGUGACGUACUCCCAACUCUCCGGCAUCUUCUCCAAGCGCUCCAACUUUGACCUUCGCCGCUUGAUGCAAGGCACCGAGCCUUUCUUCCACCACCUCGUCAAGACACUGCAGACCUCGUUCGCGAUCUUGACCAGCUCCUUGGAGGUGUAUCGAAUUGAUCAGGGGACGAGGGAAGAAGUGGCCAAAGCCUUGUUACCGAGCAAGCACAAGGUGUGUCUUACAACCUCCACCAUAGAUUGACCAUCCUCGCUCACCGCCCGGCUUUCUGCACCCCGUAGCCCCAAGCGCAAAGCCUCGGUCUUCUCUACGCGUUCGUUAUUUCGUCGGGUCGAAUCGUCACCCUUCUCCGUCCAACACGACACACGAUACAUCCUACCGAUCUCCACCUCCUCCUCUCGACCAUCUCGUCCUCGACGACGUUCCAAGCCCCCGACUCGGAAUCAUGGAUCCCCGUCUGUCUCCCGCGCUUCAACAACAAGGGCUUCCUGCACGCCUACAUCUCUUACCUCACUCAAGACACGGGGAUCGUGCUCGUCAGCGCCGAAAGGGACGGGUUCGAAGGUGUCAAAGCGUGGGGGGAGGAAGUCAAACGAACGCUCAAGGCCAAGAAGCUGUUGGACAAGAUUGAGGAGCCCAAGGUGCAGAGGCUACAAGAGUACUCGUUGAUGGACCUCGCGGUGCCUGGUUUGAGGCACUUUUUGUACAAGGCUAGAGCGUAUGUUCAGAUUACGAAUCCGGUCUGGGAGGGCGAGUACGAGACGAGUCGGAAUCGAGUUAGGUGCGUCGUGGAAGCCCCGUUUGAGCAGCUACUGCCGAUGACUGACGGAACCGGCCCUCCUCUUUCUUUGCAGGCUCAUCACGCUGUAUCAACGUCUUUACGAGGCGUUGCACGUCCGACCUGCGUAUGCCGGGGGUGUGCAUCGGCCCCCGGCCAAGCUCAUGUACCUUCGCACCGAACACGAGGCCGUCUUGGGUUGGGUGAGCCGUUGGUGGGGGCCCACUUUUUCGUCGCACAACUCAUUUCUGACUCGCGCAUCUUUUCUCCCCCAGACGACCUCGAGCUUUGAGCUCUAUUUGGCCGUCUCGCCCUUGCUACCCAAGACGGCGGUCGUUUCGGCUGCUCGGGCUGUGAUCAAAUGGAUCAAAGCGGAAGAGAAUCGGCUGUUCUUGACGAGCGCACCGUCGUUCUGA